ACUAGCACAUAGCAGUACAGACCUAGUGUGAUCUGAAACAACAGGUUCAGAAAAGCCCAGACAUAUUUUGUGGUUCAAAGUCAGGUUAGAUUUGUGUUUCCUGGUAUUUCUCUCUAUACAUGAUGGAUUUGACCUCAACUGAAGACUGCAGCUCUCCUGUUGUCAGCGACCUGAGGAUCGUCCUGCUGGGGAAGACUGGAUCAGGAAAGAGUGCCACAGGGAACACCAUCCUGGCACGACAAGCUUUUACUUCAGAGAUUUCUCCGUCUUCUGUGACAGACACAUGUAAAAAAGACACCGGCCACUUUGAUGAAAGAACUGUGAGUGUGGUCGACACCCCUGGGGUCUUUGACACAUUGAUUAAGGGGAGUCAGUUGAAAACUGAGAUGGAGAAAUGUAUCAUGCUGUCUGACCCAGGACCCCACAUAUUCCUGCUAGUAAUCAGUCUGGGUGCACGGUUCACUGAAGAGGAGAAGAACGUCGUCAAGUGGAUCAAGGACAACUUUGGUGAAGAAGUCUCCAAUUAUACGUUGGUGCUGUUCACAAGGGGAGAUGAGCUCAGAGAGAAGUCCAUUGAGGAUUAUUUAGACGAAAGUCCUGAACUCAAGGAGCUCACCAGUGGCUAUAAAGCUGGGUACGUUGUGUUUGACAACAAAUGCAUGGAAAACCGCACUCAGGUGGCUGAUCUGUUUGAAAAGAUAGACAAGAUAGUGCAGUUAAAUGGUAACCAUUAUACCACAAGCAUGUACAAAGAGGCCCAGAGAAAGAAGAGUUCAAAGGAAUGGUGGAGCAAGUGGGCAGGCUACAUGAACGCUGCAAGUAAUCAGUUGUUGAUGCUAGCAACAGCCACAGCUGCCCCUGUAGCUGGUGCUGCUAUAAUGGCAGAGGAAGUGGCAGUAGCUGCAUCCAUAAGACCGUUGUUAAUGUACACAGGUGCAGGUAUUUCUAAAGGCAUCGGGAGGUGGAUGAAACCUAAACCGGACAGCUGAGUCAUUUCAAGCCAUGACCCUUUAAAGGGGACAUAUCAGGUUCAUACUUGUAUUUGGGGUUUCUACUAGAACAUGUUUAAAAGUUUUAAUGUUCAUAAAACACAUUAUUCUUCUCAUAUAUUGUCUGUC